UGUUAGAGCAUGCAGCAGGGUGGCGCUGGUGACACCGACUGCCCCUAUUUACCGUCUUGGAUGUGCAAGGGAGUACACAUUGCAUAGAAAUGUCAUUUAGAUAUUGCGGCGUUUAGAGAUUGCGUAUAAUUUAUUUUUUACCAGUGAUUCUUUAAACGCGAGAUGUUGUCGGAUCUGUUCGUAUAUUAAAAGUGACGUUCAGAUCGGGGUGUUUCAUACGGAGCGCUGGACUAGGUGGACGAUGCUAACGAGAGCUAGCUGUCUAGCAUAACAACACCUGCUGUCUGGUGAAAUAGGGUUAGAGACUGCUGUUUUGGAUGGGCGUUUUUGGGGGGAUCUUAAGACAGCUCUGAGAUCGUAUAGUAGCUUCCUCAGCCCUGUUGGUCAUUGCUGCUGAAAUUGUUUUAUUUGAGUUAAGACAGCCUGAUCGUCGAAUGACAGGGGAAUUAAAAAACAAACCGCAAAUCAAAAGAUGGUUUUGAGGAACUGCUGGAAGUCUCGACACAAGGAGAGAGGGUAUCCACUGCCCCAUUGGAUCGGACCCGGGUUCGGACUGCUGUUGUGUCUCUCCAUCCUCCAGUGUGGCUACAGCACAGGGGCAGAAGGGACCACCAAAAUGGUGAUCCAGAAGGAGGCAGAGUUUGAUAUUACUUACAACGACACGGUUACAAACGACAAUCAGACCAUCUAUGCUUUCAAUCACACGGUCUCAAGGAAUAAGACCGAGGGUGUGCGUGUGUCUGUAGAUGUGCUGCCCGUGGGCUUGGAGAGCCCCUUUCUGUUCGUGGUGCGACAGAAGCAGGCGGUGCUUUCCUUCCAGGUUCCCCUCAUCCUCAGAGGCCUGUACCAGAGGAAGUACCCAUACUCCCAUGUGGGCCGGACCUUAUGCCAGCCUCCAACUCGGGCCAUCUCGGAGAUGCAGUACUUCUUUGUGGACGUGUCCACUCUGUCCAGCUUGGGCACGCACUACCAGCUUAGGGUCAGCCGUGUGGACAGCUUCACCCUGCAUACGGACAAGAAGUUCAGCUUCACUGCCUCACCAUCUCAACCACAGUAUUUCAAGUACAACUUUCCAGAUGGGGUGGACACAGUGAUUGUCAAGGUCAACUCUGAAAUGACCUUCCCCUGCUCCGUCAUGUCCAUCCAGGACAUCCAGUGUCCUGUGUACGACCUGGACAACAAUGUGGCCUUCAUCGGGAUGUACCAAACCAUGACCAAAAAAGGGGCUAUCACUGUGCAGAGGAAGGACUUCCCUAGCAACAGUUUCUACGUGGUGGUGGUGGUGAAGACGGAGGACGAGGCGUGCGGGGGUCCGCUGCGCUUCUACCCCCUGCGGCCCGACGAGCUCUUUGACGCGGGCAACCGCAGCAAGGUGCUGGAUGUGGUGGUCUCCCCCGCCAUCAACUCGGAGGUUUACGUGAUGGGCAUGCUCUUCUGCCUGGGCAUCUUCCUCUCCUUCUACCUGCUCACCUUCCUGAUGGCCUGUCUGGACAACAGGAGGGCGAACAGGAAAAGAGAGCUGCUGGUGCAUCCCCCUGACAUGUCGCCUGCAGAGACAGCCUCUCUACUUGGUCACCCGUGUGUCUCCUUCUAUCCUCCACAUGCAGGAAAGACUCCAGCCUCUCCAUACGAGUACGGCUCCUUUGCUGACAACGGGAGCACGCUGAGCUCUGAGGCAGUGACGGACAGUGCCACAUCCACAGACAACAACUACGGUUACCUGGAGCGAGCUCUGGACAGUGUGGGCCGGAGCCGGGCGGAGUCUCUAAGCUCGGUGGAGGAGGACGACUACGACACGCUGGCCGACAUCGACUCGGACAAGAACAUCGUACGCACCAAGAAGUUCCUGUACGUGUCCGACCUGUCCCGCAAAGACAAGAGGGUCCUCAGCAAGAAGUAUCAGAUCUACUUUUGGAACAUCGCCACCAUCGCCGUGUUCUACGCCCUGCCUGUGGUCCAGCUGGUCAUCACCUAUCAGACGGUUGUGAACGUCACAGGAAACCAGGACAUCUGCUACUACAACUUCCUGUGCGCCCAUCCCCUGGGAGCGCUGAGUGCGUUCAACAACAUCCUCAGUAACGUUGGUUACGUGCUGCUGGGCCUCCUCUUCCUGCUCAUCGUCCUCAAGCGAGACAUCGUCCAUAACCGCGCCAUGUUCCGCAACGACCUCAAUGCACUGGAGUGUGGCAUCCCCAAGCACUUUGGGCUGUUCUACGCCAUGGGCACGGCCCUGAUGAUGGAGGGGCUCCUCAGUGCCUGCUACCACGUCUGCCCCAACUACACCAACUUUCAGUUCGACACCUCCUUCAUGUACAUGAUCGCGGGGCUGUGCAUGCUGAAGCUGUACCAGAAGAGACACCCCGACAUCAACGCCAGUGCCUACACCGCCUACGCCUGUCUGGCCGGGGUCAUCUUCUUCUCUGUGUUGGGAGUGGUGUUUGGCAAGGGCAACAUGGUGUUCUGGAUCGUGUUCUCUGUGAUCCACAUCCUGGCCACGCUGCUGCUCAGCAUACAGCUGUACUACAUGGGCCGCUGGAGGCUAGACUCGGGCAUCAUGCGUCGCAUCGUGAACGUCAUCUACACGGACUGCAUCCAACAGUGCACUGGGCCCAUGUACGUGGAUCGUAUGGUGCUGCUGGUGAUGGGGAACAUCGGCAACUGGUCUCUGGCCGCCUAUGGUCUCAUAGCGAGACCCAAUGACUUUGCCUCCUACCUGUUGGCCAUCGCCAUCUGCAACCUGCUGCUUUACUUUGCCUUCUACAUCAUCAUGAAGCUACGGAGUGGCGAGCGGAUCCAGUGUUUGGCGCUGGUCUGUAUCCUCUUCACAGCCGUCGUGUGGGGCUUUGCACUUUUCUUCUUCUUCCAGGGCCUCAGCACUUGGCAGAAAACUCCGGCAGAGUCGCGUGAGCACAACAGAGAGUGCAUCGUGCUGUCCUUCUUCGACGACCACGACAUCUGGCACUUCCUGUCCUCCAUCGCAAUGUUUGGCUCUUUCCUGGUCCUCCUGACCAUGGACGACGACCUGGACACCGUCCAGAGAGACAAGAUCUACGCCUUCUAGAGCUGCACUCCACCUCCAGCUUACCGCCAAGCUCACUCUCUCCCCUCCUCUUUCUCUCUCCCUCUCUCUGUGUCUCCUCGCCCCCAUACUUGCUAGCUUUUAGCAGAAAUGGUUCUUUAAACACAAAACGAAGGAAAGACAUGGCCAGUGGUUCUGCCAGGAGCAGCGGGAGCCCUGACGCCUCCCACAGCCAGUAUUUGGAGGAGGAGGAGGAGGACGCAAGGACUCCUCCUCCUCACACCAAGCCCACCAGUAUUGACACUCGACGUGCCAGGACGGAACUGGGGGGGGGGGUCGUGACGUGAGCAGUGCUGGAUGGGUUUUGGUGUUUAUUUUUUUUUUUUGGUUUGAUUAACCUCUGACCCUCGCUGCCACUCAACCGCCCGCCUGUGUUUGAUGUUUACGUGACGGCAUUGCGUCAAAAGGGGGAGGAUCAUCACACCGUUCGCUGUUGUUAACGUCUCCUGCGUGGUCUAGUAUUAGCUCCUAUUUAUGUCUGCAUCACAGACCUAUGAAGCAACCAAGAGUGGAGUCAAGUUUUUUUUAGCUGUUUUUAUGCUGUGGGUUUAUACACUGCGUGUGGAUGUGUGUGCGUAAGCCUUUGUACAGAUGUUUGUCUGAUAACUUAAUCCGUGAGAGUGUCCUCUAUGUCCCGUCUGUCAGCGGCCUUUAACAACCUAAUCAUGUCGAGAUGAUACUUACAUUCUGAUUCGCCAGAUCUCUUAUCCUGCCCGCCUCAUUGGACAAUAAUGAUUGUAAUGUAAUGGUUAACGUCCCUCAUGUUCUACCGAGGAACAAAAAUUGUUUUGCACUCUGUUGUAUGAUAAAUCCAUUUUAAUGUCACUAUCAAUGCAAUGGCUCGGUUACUGAAUAAAAUGUCUGGUUUUCAGAUAAUCCUGUCACGUCCCGGUCCCUCAUCGCUUCCUUAUUUGUGUCUUACUUUGUCAUUAUGAAUCAGAUCUAAUCGCAUUGCUGCAUUCUGUAAAAAAACGAUACAAAAGUUUGAUUUAUAACUGAUUAUGCAAUACAACACAAAGUAUUGAAAAUGUAUAAAAACGUAGAUUUAAUAUAUUUCAUAGAAAAAUACAAACACAUUUAUGCACAAUGUCUACCAAGCAUGAAGCUCAAUGAAGACCGCAGGCCGGUCAACAUCACAUUAGUGGUAUAUUCUCCAUCGACCCACGUUCUAUUCAGGUGACCUUGUUUGACUAAAGUGUGUUCUGAUUGAACAGACUUGUCCCAGUUCUUUGAAAAGCAUGCGGUUAAAAGCAUCUGUUACCUAAUAAGAAGCAAAGGCACACUUAAUCUACAGUAACAUCCAGCCUUAAUAUUUGGAUUAGAUGUUAAAAAAUAACCAAUAAAUACAGAUAAACAACAUAAUGGCCGGUUUCUUAUUUUACAUGAAUGUACAACAACAGGCCUUCAUCACACGGGUGCAUCAAGAAGUUCAUUCUAG